AGAAGAAGAACCUUAUCCAUCUCUCCCACUCGAAAACAGAGCAGAGAACGGAAGAGAAAACACAAAAAAAAAAAAUCUGAUGCUUCUCUCUGUCUAAAUCUAGUUAAGUGUUUGGCUUCCUGGUUCAUGUCUGGUUUGAUACAAUGGCUUCUGUACCAUGUUCUUUCAAGCUCUCUGCUCAUCCCAGAUCUUCUUCCAAGCGUGAUGGAUAUAAACAGUGUAGUCUAGUAGAGAGACCUAAAGAAACGAAGAGUCAAGUUCCUAAGUCUAUUACUUGCAUCAACCGCUUGGAGAUAUCGCGUAUUGCGCCAUUACAGGCGACGAUGAACAGCCCCAGAGGCUUUGGACCUCCUCCCAAGAAAACCAAGAAGGCUAAAAAGUCCAAACCCGGAAACCAAAGUGAUGAUGAAGACGACGACGACGAAGAAGACGAGGAUGAUGAUGAUGAUUAUGAAGAUGAACGUGAGAGAGGUGUGAUUCCAGAGAUAGUGACCAACAGAAUGAUUAGCAGAAUGGGAUUCACUGUGGGUUUACCACUCUUCGUUGGUCUUCUCUUCUUCCCUUUCUUUUACUAUCUCAAAGUAGGUUUGAAAAUUGAUGUGCCCACAUGGGUUCCCUUUAUUGUUUCGUUCGUCUUCUUCGGCACUGCAUUGGCUGGUGUGAGCUAUGGGAUCGUGUCGUCCAGCUGGGAUCCGUUGAGAGAAGGAUCCUUGUUAGGCUGGAACGAAGCUAAGAAGAACUGGCCUGUCUUUUGGCAAUCCUUUUGGAAUUCCUCAAGCAAGAAAUAGACAUAGCACAGUAGCUCUUUGCCCGGCCUUGUCUAUAAAAGCUUCAAGGAUUUUGUGAUUUACUUAUUACAAUCUGAUGUAAAUUUAGCAGAAAUGUUUUUGGGUUUGUUCUCUCCAUCAGAGGAUAGUGUAUGUGUCUUUGCAAUUUUUCUUUACCGACUC